CUGAUUUCAGGACUCCAGAAGUUGCAGAUCGAGUGAGAAACAAAAAAGCGGUAAGAGCCCAUGCGAGCGGCGUACUUCAUAGGUCGAUACUGGAGCUGCGGCCGACUGCUUCUCAGAAACUCCAGCAGGAUUGAAAGAAGUCGUAGUCUUUUACCUGGUCUUCUUUCGACUAUGAGCGGGGACAGUGGUGCCGCCGGCCCGCGGUACGUGGUCCGACGGGGCGCCAGUGGCCCGGUGGUCACUUACCGGCCGUUUGAGAACGCCGAGCACGGGCUGGAGCCCGAGUUCCGGCUUCUGGGCCUGGCGGACAUGAAAGGAUGAGGCUGCAAGGUUCCCCAGGGUGUGCUAAACAAGCUGCUCAACUCGCUGAGGGGAGACAGCGGAACGCAGCAAACCGUGUCGCACCACCCAGAGGGAACCCAGAUCGAUAUUGGCAUGGAUUCCAGUGUUGUACCUCUUGGAGACUCUGGCUUUUCCUUGGUUCAAACUAUCGAUUACUUUUAUCCAUCUGUUGAAGAUCCUUACAUAGCUGGCAAGAUAGCGUGCGCCAAUGUACUGUCUGACCUUUAUGCUCUCGGAGUGACUCGAUGUGAUAACAUGCUGAUGGUGAUGGCUGUCAGCACCAAGCUUACUGAAAAACAGAGGGACAUUGUCGUGCCCCUUCUCAUCAAAGGAAUCAAGGACUUGGCUGAAGAAGCUGGCACCAAAGUCACGGGAGGUCAGACGGUGCUGAACCCGUGGCCCAUGAUAGGUGGUGUCGCAUCGGCAGUUUGUAGAGAGGCUGAUAUCAUUUCGCCGGACAAUGCUCAAGCGGGAGACGUGUUGGUGUUGACGAAACCUCUGGGCACUCAGGUGGCUGUGAAUGCUCACCAGUGGCUUGAGAAGCCGGAGCGCCGUGCUCAACUCGAUAAGGCUGGCAUCAGCGAGGAAGACGUUCAGAGAGUCUACUUCCGAGCUAUGGACUGCAUGGCACGCCUCAACCUUACUGGGGCACACCUGAUGCACAAACAUGGGUGCCACGGGGCUACGGACGUCACGGGCUUCGGGUUGCUUGGCCAUGCACAGAACUUGGUUCAAGUGCAGCAGCGUUCAGUGGGCUUUGUGAUCCACACAUUGCCGAUCAUUGCCAAGGUCCCCGCCCUGUUGGCUGCCACGGGCACCUCGUUCAAGCUCAUGCAGGGAUACUCGGCCGAGACGUCGGGUGGACUGCUGAUGUGCCUACCAAAAGAGAAGGCUCAGGCGUACUGUGAAGAAAUAGAGCGGCUUGAGGGCUACCCGGCUUGGAUAAUUGGCGAUGUUGUCGAAGGGGAACGAGUGGCAAGGCUAACGGACUCCCCACGUGUGAUCGAAGUGCCUUCAGCUGACAAAGAAUCAGAACUUUGGUAGCUUAAUCAUCAAGGGGAUAAGAGCUAUCGUAAAAAAUGUGGUCGAUAGAUUUUUAUUACAUUUAUGGCAUUUAGCACAAAACUUUUUAAGACAAAAGUACACCCAAUAUUCAAGAUCUGUGGGAUGCAAAAUUUUCUAAGAAGUUAUAUUCUCGGUUUUUCUGGCAACCUAACCUCCAAAUAUAAAUGUUGCAGUCUGUAGUUAGUGUGCAACAUAUACAGUCACGACCUACAGUAAUAGCAUUACGCACUAAAUGAGCAGAAAUUCCCAUUUGUUGUAAAACCAUCAUUUCCUAAUCUUUUGCUUACGCACUAAAUGAGCAGCCAUUCCCAUUUGUUGUAAAACCAUCAUUUCCUAAUCUUUUGCUGUUAGGCGUGCUUUCCGUGACUGUUUUGAUACCUCAAUGAACUAGCAUAAAUGCCAGCUAAAACUUCCGGCAAGCAUCAUUUUGGCUCAAAUGUUGUUUCUUUUGAUAGAUGCACUAUUAAUUUUUUGUUAGUCUACUGCUAUUGUCAUUCCAGAUAUUCCUUUGUCUUUAUGUAGAAUACCUUAUGUUAAUUGAUGUUGUGCUGAUAGAGCUUUUGCGCGAGUACAGAAUGAUGGCUGUUCCUAAGAGGGACCUUUAUGAAUCUACACCUGUCAAAUGUUGUAGGCGGUGUGGAGGAUGGCUCGUCUCCAACGGGAAUCUCCCACAGCCUAUUGUUGCUUGUUGCACCACUUGUCAUGCGCCGCAAAUAAAGUAUUUUUUACCCGUUUC